AUGGUGAUCUCGCUAGCGGCCUGCGCAGCUUAUGUAGGCGAGCGCUGUCCUCCAAAGAGCAGCUGCCCUCAGUGCUGGUUAGCGAGCGACCGACACUGGACCUGCAGCUGGGUUCGGAAAGCGGGAACCGAUGUGAAAAUGGCCAACAAAUUUGACGAACUGCUUAGCACUCUGGGAACGGGGAAGUGGAAUUUAAUGUUCUUCUUCGCCACCACAUAUUGGAAUAUGCAGCUGAUACCCCAUACACUCGGCUCCGUUUUCUUUGCUCCCCAAGUACAGUACACUUGCGAACCUCCUGGACAUUCAGCCUCGACGAAAUCAUCCAAUACCACAGACAAUUGUCACUAUCUGGGUGUUUACAAUGGCACUAAAGGGGAGCCAUCUCCGCUUCCCUGUACUAAAUGGUCUUACGAUACAUCUACUUUCACCAGUACUAUUACUAUGCAGUUUGACCUGGUCUGUGACUCGGAGUACCUACGAGCAACGUACCAAAGUAUGUACAUGUUUGGUAGCUUUGUGGGUGCGCCGAUUAACGGGAUUUUCUCCGACAGGUACGGAAGGAGGACAGUGUUUACCUACGGGACAAUUCUCUUCACCAUAGUGGCGUUAUUCUCAUGCCGUCUCCCGAACUUUUCGUCCAUAUUAGCAGCGCGAUUCAUCCUGGGCUUCUUGCACCCCGCGGGACUGCAGGCGGGCUACAUUCUAGCCAUGGAAACCUGCGAGCCGAGACGACGCACGGUCAUGGGCAUCAUCCUCGGCCUGCCAUGGGCGUUGGCUACUGUGGCAUGGGGCGGAUGGGCGUACCUCAUUCGAGAUUGGCGUUGGCUGCAGCUGAUUGUGUCCCUCCCUUGCCUCCUGCUUCUGCCUGUUUUGUGGUUCUUGGACGAAUCUCCGCGCUGGCUGAUCGUCAGAGGCAACCACAGGCGGGCAAGGGAGGUGCUGGAGAGAGCUGCCACGUGGAACAAGGUGGAUCUCCCUCCUCCUGAAGAACUGGAUGCGUUGAUGAAGAAUAUUCAGAAGGAGUCCACCCUGGCGAAGGAAGAGGAAGAUCACAACUUCAGUGGGUUCAAGGGAUAUCUCGCCACCUCUUGGAAGAAGUUUCUCAGUGUAUUCAUUCUCCUCAGGACGCCGAAACUUCGCAAGAUCAGCCUCCUCGUGUACACCAAGUUCUUCAUGGUGUCAAUGGUGUUCUACGGCAUUUCGCUCAACGCCGUCAACUUCAGCGUGAACCCUUUCCUGUACAUGUCCCUCGGAGGCAUGAUGGAGAUCCCCGCCUACACGCUGACGGUGCCCAUCGUCGAGUACUGGGGCCGCAGACUUCCCUCGGCCGCCUUCUACUUCGUCGCCGGCGCCUCGAUCCUCGCCCUCGCCGUCAUCCCUGCGGACAUCUCGUGGCUAAUCAUCAGCCUGGCGAUGGUCGGCAAAUUCAGCAUCAGCGCGGGGUACCAAGUGCUCUAUCUCUACGCCACUGAGCUCUUCCCGACGGAGGUGCGGCUCUUGGCUCUCGGGACCUCCACCAUCGCCUCCAGGAUAGCGUCGAUGACCUCGCCCUUCGUGACGGAUUUGCUGGGACCUCACUACCCAUGGAUUCCCUCGGUGGUGUUCGGGGUGGCGGCCCUUCUAGCUGGCGUGGCAACCCUCCCCCUGCACGAAACCCACAAGCACCCCCUGCCGGACACGGUGAAGGACCUUGAGGAUCCCGAAGAAUAUCCGCUCGCCAGACCCGGAGAAGAGCCGAAGGAAGGAGAGAGGGAUCAGAUGUGCACUUAGUGACGUCAUAGUCAUUUUUUUAAUAUUAUUUUACUGUUAUUAUUGUCAUUAGUAUUAUUUAUUAUUAUUAUUGAUAUGAUUAAUGCUGAUAUUUUGUUAUU